AUGGUCCAAACCGCACUCCUUUUCCUCGGGCUCUUUCUGCAGUCGUUUUUCUUUGCACACGGUGUUCAUGGACAUAGGAUACACCGUCGUUACUUCCAGGAAUGGUCCCAGCCUCAAGGUCACUCGGUAAAUAGGCUUUUUAAGCGAGGUACGGAUGGCGUUCAAUAUCCGGCUGUUGGUUCUUCAGAUUGGUCUUCGAAAUAUCCUCGCGACGGUCAGACCCCUAAACGGAAUACAAUACCCAAGGAAUGGCUCGAUGCGCUGAAUGAUGCUGUUGCCUCAGGAAAGGUACCCAACACCCCGAUACCGACAAUGGGUUCCAACGGUAGCCCAGUGUAUCCGAAUAACCAGGAUCCUGGCUCACCCAAUAUCUGUUCUUCAACAUAUCAGUGUCGCAGUAAGGACGAUAUCUAUGACGGUCCAGAUGGCACUUUUGGCGUCGGCUUUGACGACGGACCUCUCCCUCCGACCAGCACUUUGGUCGAUUUUCUCAAAAAGAACAAUGAAACAGCAACACACUUCAUGAUCGGCUACAAUGUUCUUUCUAACCCGCAACAGUUCUUGGAGAUUUUCCAAUACGGAGGUGACUGUGCCGUUCAUACCUGGUCGCAUCCUUACAUGACGACGUUGUCAAAUGAGGACAUCCUCGCCGAACUUGGUUGGACGAUGCAAAUCAUUCACGACUCUACUGGUGGGAAGGUACCGAAAAUAUGGAGGCCCCCGUACGGUGACUCCGAUGUCCGGGUCAGGGCUAUUGCUAAAGUAGUAUUUGGUAUGGACACCGUGAUUUGGAACCAAGAUUCUGCUGAUUGGACUAUGAACAACGGGAAGUCAACUCUCGACAGUGUCAUGAACAGUUUAGAUGGCUUCGUCAAAGGUCCAAAGUCUCCUGGUCUCAUCAUUUUGGAGCACGAGAGUUCAGACAAUACCGUCAAAGCGUUCAUGGACACGUAUCCCAAGAUCAAGAGUAAUGGAUGGCAAACGAAAUCCCUCGUUGCACUUCUUGAAAAUGGCGAGGCUUACCAGAACGUUAAGGGUGAUACGGUCAAUCCCGCCGAGAUAUAUGUCAAUCCGGACGGCGGAAAUUCCACCUCGUCCUCGACUACCAGUGGCUCUUCCACAUCCCAACCUACUAACUCUAAAUCGACGGUAACCUCGGCUUCGGGCUCUCCGUCUAGCACCGCUGUCUCUUCGAACACUUCCAACUCUGCGUUAGCACUUGACUCCUGUUCCGCCUUUAGGCAAUGGCUUGUCCUUGCGAUAGCCAUUUCAGCAGUCUUCGUUGUUAUUUUAUAG